AGGACAUAACGUGUCAAGUUGUGUGACACAUGAGCUACAUUAAUAUGGAGUGGUAGCUUGUUGGUGAUAAAUUGAGAAUCUUUCAGUUUGGUUUGGGAGAUGGGGAUGAUUCAGUGUGAUGGGCUGCUUCAAUACACAAAGAUGACUCCAUUAAUGCACAUAAGGAAGAUGAGAACUCAGAGGAGCAUGUCCCUGAAAGCACAAGCUGUUCCUUCUAGAACCCAGAGAAUAAUGGAGAACAUUUCAGUAAGUAGUGAAGUUGGUGGUGCUGGUGGGGCAUACUCUUACGAUGCUCUAAAGAGAUUGGACCGCGUUUGGUCUAGCAUCUGCUCUCAAACUGAUUUCCGAGAACCUCAGCGAAUAGUUUCAAGUAUGCCAUCUGUGUCAAGCAGUUCCGAUGUGACAGAUGAAGACAAAUUUGAUGUGGUUGUAUGUGGAGGUACUUUGGGAAUCUUUAUUGCUACAGCAUUGAGUGCUAAAGGUCUUCGAGUAGGCAUUGUGGAAAGGAACUUACUGAAAGGGAGGGAACAAGAAUGGAAUAUCUCAAGGAAAGAGCUUUUGGAGCUCGUAGAAGUUGGAAUUUUAUCAGAGGAUGAAAUUGAAAAAGCUACAGCAGCAAAAUUCAACCCUAACAGAUGUGGAUUUGAAGAUAAAGGCGAAGUCUGGGUUGAAGAUAUUCUUAAUCUUGGUGUUUCGCCUGCAAAGCUUAUAGAGAUUAUGAAGAAACGCUUUAUAUCCCUCGGUGGAGUUCUCUUUGAAGAAUACAGUGUCUCAAGCAUUUGCAUAUAUGAGGAUGCUGCAGUUUUGGAACUUGUAGAAGGAAAAAAAUUGUCAACCCGUCUAAUCAUUGAUGCAAUGGGGAACUUUUCACCUGUGGUUAGACAGAUUAGAGGAGGAAGGAAGCCUGAUGGGGUUUGUCUUGUUGUGGGGUCUUGUGCUCGUGGUUUUAGAGAUAAUUCUACAAGUGAUGUCAUAUAUAGUAGCGCGUCUGUGAAGAAGAUAAAAGAGUCAGAAGUACAACUAUUUUGGGAGGCAUUUCCAGCCGGUUCAGGUUCUACGGAUCGCACUACUUACAUGUUCACCUAUGUUAGUCCUCAACCUGGAUCACCAAAAUUAGAAGAUCUAUUAGAAGCCUAUUGGGACUUGAUGCCAAAAUAUCAGGGAGUCGUUCUUGACAAUCUAGAGAUAAUGAGAGUUAUUUAUGGAAUCUUUCCUACAUAUCGUGACAGUCCACUGCCGGCAGCAUUUAGUCGUGUCUUACAGUUUGGUGAUGCAAGUGGCAUACAGUCACCUGUUUCGUUUGGAGGGUUUGGAAGCUUGACAAGGCAUCUCGGAAGAUUGUCAACCGGAAUCUAUGAAGCAAUCAGCGGGGAUUUUCUUGAUGCGUACAGCUUGUCUCUGCUAAAUCCAUACAUGCCCAACUUGAGCGCUUCAUGGUUAUUUCAAAGAGCAAUGUCAGCCCAGCAAAAAUCCAAUGUUUAUCCAGAGUUCACUAAUGAUCUUCUUCAUGUAAAUUUUCAGAGUAUGCAGAGGCUAGGUGAUCCAGUUCUAAGACCAUUCCUGCAGGACGUUAUACAGUUAGAGCCUCUUGCCAAGACAUUGGGCCUUGUUAUGCUAACUAAACCUCAAAUUAUCCCAUCUAUAUUCAACCAGGUCGGUAUUCAAGUGCUUCUUGACUGGUCUGGCCAUUUUUUCAUGCUGAGUUCCUAUACUUUUCUCUCCAGCUUUGCUGACCCUCUGAUCAGGCCAUUGCUGGAUGGGGUUCCAACGAAGGUGAAGUACGAGUGGAAGAGGCGUCUCGAUGCUUGGAAAUAUGGAUCGGGUUUAGAUUACGAGUUAUGAAAUGGAGAACGAGAGUGUCAUUGGAAUCAACUGAAAUACUACAUGUAAGUUCUGAAGCUCUUCUGCAUCUAAUCUCAUUCUAUCACGCUGUGCAGAUCAACUUGCUAAUCAAUAAUUCAAUAUGUAAAUGAUUGUCGGACUGCAAUCUUAUAUAAUCGUGACGUGUCUAAAAUUGUAUAUAUAUUUUUAUUUAUUUUUAAGACAAUGGAAAUCAUUUAUACAAUA